CUUAACCGAAGUCACUUCAUUCUUUCCAAUCUGGCCGACCGAUAACUUCGACACGUCGUCAAGCAUUCAGAAAUCAAGCGAGUAAAAUGUCACCGGCUGCAGUAAAAGAGGAGCCUCCGCGUCACCAACGCUCGACUGUGUGCAAAAUAAUGCACGCAAAGAGUGUUCUUCACAGACUAGAAGCCCAACAGCACCUGAAUGCAGCAUCAAUAUUGGCAUGUGCUCGUCAUCCAGUCGAUGGCAGGUGCGAAUGGCAUCUUCCCACCUGCUUUACAGAUCUAAAUGUCACCCAAACCCAUCGUCCUGAGCACCAGAAGUCUGCAUGCAUUAAGAAAGAGGGAGAGUCACCAUACAUCAAGGAUGAGGAAGAGUCUGUACCCAUUCAAGGUUUCAGCAAAUAUUUUGGUCCUGAGUGGCAGGGGUCUGAGUCUCCUUCCAUUAAAGAGGAAUUUGAGCACCCGCAAAUGAAACGGGAAGAGCCAGAGCACCCUCAACAGCAAAAGAGAGAAGUGCAACUUCCAAUCAAAAAGGAGGAGGUAGAGCUGCCAUACAUUAAAGAGGAGGACGAUAUCACCAGGUUGACUGGUGAGCCCCUGAAGAGCAAAGAUUGUCUGAGUGAGGCCAGCAGAGGGACAGAGCCUCCAAGCAGCAGCUCAACAGAAGGCUUGCAAACUGACAUUUUCAUCGCUCCAUCAGACAGAAAUGGCGCCACAUCACACUCAACUUACAAUGAUGAUGGUCAUAAGAAAUCUCACCAUGACGACAAACACUGUAAAUGCUCUCAGUGUGGGAAAACCUUUGCUAAUAAGCAUACCUGUCUUAGGCAUAUCAGGAGCCACACUGGCGAAAAACCUUUUGUCUGCUCAGUUUGUAGUCAAGAAUUCAGUCGAAAGCAAGACAUACAAAGACACAUAAGAACUCACACUGGCGAAAAACCUUGUUCCUGCUCCGUUUGUGGUCAAGGAUUCACUCGAAAGGAACACUUGAAAAUACACACAAGAACCCACACUGGCGAAAAACCUUUUUCCUGCUCAGUUUGUGAUCAAAGAUUCAGUCACAAGAGCACCUUAAAAAAACACACAAGAACCCACACUGGUGAAAAACCUUUUUCCUGCUCAGUUUGUGGAAAAGGAUUCAGUCUAAAGCAAGACUUGAAAACACACACAAGAACCCACACUGGUGAAAAACCUUUUGUCUGCUCAGUUUGUGGUCAUAAAUUCACUCGAAAGGGAACCUUAAACAGUCACACAAGAACCCACACUGGUGAAAAACCUUUUUCCUGCUCGAUUUGCGGUAAAGGAUUCAGUCGAAAGCAAGACUUACAAAGACACAUAAGAACCCAUACUGGUGAAAAACCUUUUUCCUGCUCCGUUUGUGGUCAAGGAUUCACUCGAAAGGAACACUUGAAACUACACACAAGAACCCACACUGGUGAAAAACCUUUUUCCUGCUCAGUUUGUGAUCAAAGAUUCAGUCAGAAAAGCACCUUAAAAAAACACACAAUAACCCACACUGGUGAAAAACCUUUUUCCUGCUCAGUUUGUGGAAAAGUAUUCAGUCUAAAGCAAGACUUGAAAACACACACAAGAACCCACACUGGUGAAAAACCUUUUGUCUGCUCAGUUUGUGGUCAUAAAUUCACUCGAAAGCAACACUUGAAAAUACACACAAGAACCCACACUGGUGAAAAACCUUUUUCCUGCUCGAUUUGCGGUAAAGGAUUCAGUCAAAAGCACGACUUACAAAGACACAUAAGAAACCACACUGGUGAAAAACCUUUUUCAUGCUCCUCUUGUGGUGAAGCAUUCAGUCAAAAGCAAAAAUUAAAAAUACAUUUCACAACCCACACCUGAAAAAACCCUUUUUCCUGCUCAGUUUGUAGUCAUUCGGAAAGAUCGGAUGAAGAGACGUGUGUGUGUUGGUGUGAGAAGCAGUGGCCAAUGACUGUUUUGACUGUCAUCCAUGCUGUUGACGAUUGCAGUUUUGGGGGCUUACAUGUGCUUUGUCCAAUCCUUGUUUGAUGUAGAUCCACACUAUUGCCUAAAGUAUUGGCUUACCUGAUUUAACUCCCAAGUUAAGUGAAUUGUGGAAACUGUUUCUUAAACACAGCCUCACGAGAUGCUUUCAUUUUUGUUGAUUUUAGAGGAGGCUGUAACGUGCAACUUAAAAUACAUGGCUGCUUAUUCAACUACAUUACCGCCACAAAAUGCAACUUUUAUUCUCAUAAAAAUCGUACAACAUAUUUUCUCGCCAUGACAGUUCGACUUUUUUUCCCCCCAUUCUAACAGUAUGACUUUAAUGUCUUUUUUUUUGUGCGGCUCUUAUACUCUGUCGUAUAAAUUGGACACUGAUAUUUUUAUUGUUUGUGCUUUUCAUCAUACCAGCCCCCGCCAAUGAAAAUCUCUCGACUCUGCUGGGAACUUUUAAGUGUUUGUA